AUGGCCACCAGACAGCUCCCCGAGGACGUCAACCCUCUGGUAGAAGACGAGAAUGCGCCCGCAUACGAGAUUCUCGUCGAGCGACGCUGCCUCGGCCAGACCGAAUUGAAGGUCAAGGCCGACCAUGUCGGCACAACGAAUGCGACCAAGCCUGAUAACCUGGGCAAGCUGGACUACGCGCACCUUCGCAUCCCGCUGCCCGGCGACUUGACCAAUAGCGGCAUCUUCACGAAGCAGGGCAAUCGCAAGUGGCCCGAAGCAUACUUCUUGAUGAGACGGUCCACCGACGGCUACGUUAGCGCCACGGGCAUGUUCAAGGCCGCCUUCCCCUGGGCGCAGGUCGAGGAAGAGAACGCGGAGAAGGAGUACAUCAAGAGCCUGGAGAACACUUCGAGUGAAGAGGUUGCUGGGAACGUCUGGAUCCAUCCUGAACAAGCCCUCUCCCUAGCCGACGAAUACGGCAUCCGCAUCUGGAUCGAUGCGCUUCUGGACCCUGAACCCAUCACCCACGGCACCUCCGACCCCAAAAAACUCAUUACCUCCCCUCCCACUUUCCGGACGAAGGACGUAAUGAACGGCACCAGCAGCCCCCGAGCCAGCGCAAGCAAAUCCCCUGAAGCCGACAAGAAGAAACCCGUCGUGGACGGCCGCCGCUCCACCCGCGGCAACUCCACGAAACCAGCAACGACAGCCACCCGCUCCGAAUCGCCCGCCAAAAAGACCCCCGCGCGGGUCAAAGCCACGCCGCGCAAAGCGCGCAAAACGAGAGGCAAAUCCACUGAACCCGACCUCCCUGCGCCGGCACCAGCAGACGCCAAUGGCUCAGCCGCAUCCCCCAAACCAGAAGCAAGCGACAACGACAACGUCAAAGUGCAAAUCGAAAGCGAACACCACCCCUCCCCCACCGGCGACGGCGACGAAAUCGACCACACCAACCUGAAAAUCGAAAUGCCCGCUUCCCACCCUGACCUGGAACUCCCUGAAUCAGCGGAGGGAAUGCUCGAGCAAGCCCGUUCAAUGGUCGAAGCAGCGAACCAAGUCGACGGCCGACGCAUCACCUCUCCCGGCGCCUGGUCGACGAGGGGAAAGAGGAAGGCCGCGGAGCUCGGGGAAGAAGGGGAGGAGCUAGGCAUGGGCCCGGCGGCGAAGCGGGCGCGCAAGGCGGAGUUGGAGUUGCGGAAGGAGAGGUUGCGGCGCAGGGCGCUGGUGGGAAUUGCGGGGAGUUUGGCUCUGGGGGCGAUUGUGCCGAGUAUUAUGGCUGCUUUUGGGUCGUAG